AAUAACAUAGGAAUUUUGAAAAGUGCAUAGAAUUUGAUAGUUAGUAGGAAGAUUUUGUUAUAAGUUUAAGCGAACUGGUAAAAUGGCUUCGUCAGAAGGCAAACGGGUUGUUGUUGUGGCGGUAGACGAUAGUGAAUUUGCUUCAAAAGCUUUUAAAUUUUAUGUAGACGAUGUGAAAAAGGACGGUGAUUACGUGUUUCUAUUACAUGUUCCUGAUUCGCUUGACCUUUCACUUGGAAGCCCUACUACUGCUGACAAGGCUUUAAGGGAAUUAAAAGCAAAUGUCGAGGCGAUAGAGAAAAAGUACACACAAGAAAUGGAAAACCACGGGUGUAACGGAAGAUUUAAAACGGCACAUGGAAAACCUGGUGAAGUCAUCUGCGAUAUUGCAAAACACGAGAAAGCCGAACUGAUCGUAGUGGGCACGCGCGGACUCGGUGUAGUUCGUAGGACUUUCCUCGGCUCCGUAAGCGAUUACAUCGUUCAGCACGCGCACGUGCCAGUUCUCGUCUGCAGACACUGAUGUUGAAUCAAAGCACCAUCAGGAAAUAAAACAUUAAGUUAAAAAAAUACAUCGCUUUUAUAAUUAUAAUACAAAUGUAGCAUUUCUUAUUUUGUUAACUCUUUUAACACAAAGGAGAGUAGCGUCUCGAUUUUGUGAAAAAUUAUUAAUUUGGUUGUUAUACAUGUACUUGCAUUUGGUGUCGUAAUCCUUUUUGACGAGGGUUAAAGAAAUUAUUAGGACAAAAACACGCCCAAUUUUUACAUUUCUGAUCUGAACAGAUCUUUUUUGAUCGGCCUAAUCGUCACUAAAACAGAAAAGCUUUUUAAAAUCAAAUUCGUGCUAGAAUAUAUACAAUAGAAUUAUAUAAAAUUUAAAAUUCAUCAUUAUUCCUUCAUGUAAAAGUCAACCCAAUAUCUCGCAUGACGUUAUUCAUGAUCUGUAGAUAAACAUGUAGCUCAUAUCAUUUUAUUUAACAUGAAUUUGUUCAUAUAAUGUUACGUAGUAGAGAUUUAUAAAUAUCAUAUUCAGAAUAUAUUUACUGCAUUAAAAAGUUUUGUAUAGUUGUA